GCGACUGGCCCUGGCAACCGCGAAGCCGAGCCGGCCGGCGGCGGGCGGUGUGAGCUGAGCUGCGCCGGUCGGGUGGCGGCCCCCGGACCCCGCGUGUCCCCGCGUCGUGGCCGCCGCCAUGGCGGGAGGGGCCCGGGACGUUCGGAAGGCCUUCCUCCUCACCACCACUCAGAACUACUUCGGCCUUCUGCCGGAGCCCUGCGACCAGCCGCGGGCGGACGGCUGCCUAGAGGUCAACAACUUUCUGGACGACGGCAACCAGAUGCUCCUCAGGGUGCAGCGCUCGGACGCCGGCGUCACCUUCUCCAACUCGAUUGAUUUUGCUGACACAAAAGAUAAAGUGCUGGUGUUUUUCAAGCUGCGACCUGAAGUAAUUACUGAUCAGAAUCUACAUAGUAACAUUCUUGUUUCAUCUAUGUUAGAAUCACCUAUAAAUUCUCUCUAUCAAGCCGUUCGGCAAGUAUUUGCACCAAUGUUGUUAAAGGAUCAGGAAUGGAGCAGAGACCUUGAUCCCAAACUUCAGAAUCUUUUGAGUGAACUAGAAGCUGGAUUGGGCGUAGUUCUACGAAGAUCAGACACUAACUUAUCAAAAUUGAAAUUUAAGGAAGAUGACACACGAGGUAUUCUUACACCAAGUGAUGAGUUCCAGUUCUGGGUGGAAGAAGCUCAUCGUGGAAGUAAACAGAUCAGCAGAGAGAGAGCCGGCUAUUUUAAGGAGCUGUUUGAAACCAUCGCAAGAGAGUUCUAUAACUUGGACAGUCUAUCCUUACUGGAAGUGGUUGACUUGGUGGAGACCACCCGGGAUGUUGUAGAUGAUGUGUGGAGACAAACAGAGCAUGAUCACUUUCCUGAGUCACGGAUGUUACAUCUCUUAGAUGUCAUAGGUGGUUCAUUUGGAAGAUUUGUUCAGAAGAAGUUGGGAACUUUGAAUCUGUGGGAAGAUCCUUACUAUCUUGUGAAAGACCACCUCAGAGCGGGUGUGUCCAUUUGUGAACAGUGGGUGAUCGCCUGUAACCACCUCACGGGUCAGAUGUGGCAGCGCUAUGUUCCUCAUCCGUGGAAAAGUGAGAAAUACUUCCCUGAAACACUCGACAGACUGGGCAAGCGCCUGGAAGAGGUCUUGGCUGUUAGAACAAUUCAUGAGAAGCUUCUUUAUUUUUUACCUGCCAGUGAAGAGAAAACGAUAUGCCUGACUCGAGUAUUUGAACCCUUUACCGGCCUGAAUCCUGUGCAUUAUAAUCCAUAUACUGAGCCUUUAUGGAAAGCUGCAGUGUCUCAGUAUGAAAAAAUUAUUGCACCUGCGGAACAGAAAAUAGCAGGAAAAUUGAAAAUUUAUAUUUCAGAAAUUCAGGACAGCCCACAGCAGCUUCUUCAAGCGUUUCUGAAAUACAAAGAGCUGGUGAAGCGUCCAACUAUAAGUAAAGAAUUGAUGUUAGAAAGAGAAACUUUACUGGCAAGACUCGUGGACUCAAUAAAAGAUUUUCGAUUAGACUUUGAGAAUCGAUGCCGAGGAGUUCCUGGUGAGGCGUCUGGACCACUUGCUGGCAAAAACCUGUCGGAAGUUGUUAAUAAUAUAGUUUGGGUUCGCCAGUUGGAACUGAAGGUGGAUGAUACUCUCAAGAUUGCAGAGGCUCUUUUAUCUGACUUGUCAGGAUUUCGAUCUUUCCAUCGAGCUGCCGAAGAUCUGUCAGACCAGUUUAAACUGUAUGAACAAGAACAAUUUGAUGAUUGGUCCAGGGACAUUCAGUCCGGUUUGUCUGAUUCCAGAUCCGGCUUGUGCAUCGAGGCUAAUAGUCGAAUUAUGGAAUUGGAUCCUAGUGAUGGAUCAUUAAAGGUGCAUUAUUCAGAUCGGUUGGUGAUUCUCCUGAGAGAAGUUCGUCAGCUUUCUGCUCUUGGCUUUGUUAUUCCUGCCAAAAUACAGCAAGUUGCAAACAUUGCACAGAAAUUCUGCAAGCAAGCAAUUAUUCUUAAACAAGUGGCACAUUUUUACAAUUCCAUCGAUCAACAAAUGAUUCAAAGUCAGAGACCAAUGAUGUUACAAUCUGCAUUAGCAUUUGAACAGAUAAUUAAGAAUUCAAAAGCAGGAAGUGGGGGAAAGUCACAGAUUACUUGGGAUAAUCCUAAAGAAUUAGAAGCCUACAUUCAAAAGCUCCAAAAUGCUGCCCAACGACUUGCCACUGAAAAUAGAAAACUGAGAAAAUGGCACACUACAUUUUGUGAAAAGGUCGUCUUUCUCAUGAACAUUGAUCUGCUUCGGCAGCAGCAGCGUUGGAAAGAUGGGUUACAAGAACUGAGAACUGGCUUAGCAAGCGUAGAAGCCCAGGGGUUCCAGGCCGGUGACAUGCGUGCGUGGAAGCAGCACUGGAAUCACCAGCUGUACAAAGCCCUCGAACACCAGUAUCAGAUGGGCCUGGAGGCACUUAAUGAGAACCUGCCAGAAAUAAGCAUAGACCUAGUGCACAAACAGGGACGGUUACAAUUCAGGCCUCCUCUUGAAGAAAUCCGGGCUAAAUAUUACAGAGAAAUGAAGAGGUUCAUUGGCAUUCCUAAUCAGUUUAGGGGAGUGGGUGAGGCCGGAGAUGAGUCUAUUUUUUCUGUUAUGAUUGAUAGAAAUGCAAGUGGAUUUUUGACUAUUUUCAGCAAAGCAGAAGAUCUGUUUAGGAGAUUAUCAGCUGUUUUACACCAACAUAAGGAAUGGAUCGUAAUUGGACAAGUUGAUAUGGAAGCUCUAGUGGAAAAACAUCUCUCUACGGUCCAUGAUUGGGAGAAAAAUUUCAAAGCACUGAAAAUAAAAGGGAAAGAAGUAGAACGACUUCCGAGUGCGGUCAAGGUAGAUUGUUUAAAUAUUAAUUGUAACCCCGUGAAGACUGUGAUUGAUGAUCUCAUCCAGAAGUUAUUUGAUACGCUUGUUCUUUCUUUGAAGAAGUGCAUCCAGGCUCACUUACAUGAAAUUGAUGCAUUUGUAACCGAGGCUAUGGACGUCUUAACAGUCAUGCCCCAGUCUGUGGAAGAGAUUGGCGAUGCAAAUUUGCAAUACAGUAGGCUCCAACAGCGGAAACCAGAGAUUUUGCCCUUAUUCCAAGAAGCUGAAGAUAAAAACAGACUUUUACGAACUGUGGCAGGUGGAGGUUUGGAAACAAUUAGCAAUCUGAAGGCUAAGUGGGAUAAAUUUGAGUUGAUGAUGGAAAGUCACCAACUUAUGAUUAAAGAUCAGAUCGAAGUGAUGAAAGGGAACGUUCAGUCGCGUCUUCAGAUCUAUUACCAAGAAUUGGAAAAAUUUAAAGCUCGUUGGGACCAACUAAAGCCUGGUGACGAUAUUAUUGAAACUGGCCCACAAAGUACUCUUGAUAAAAGCGCCAAGUCAAUAAAAGAGAAAAAGAUUGAAUUUGAUGAUCUUGAAGUCAUAAGGAAAAAGCUGGUUGAUGAUUGCCGUCAUUUUGGCCUAGAAGAGCCCAGCUUGUCUUUGGCAGAUAGCAUCUCCAAGGACAUUGAGAGCUGUGCACAAAUUUGGGCCCUUUAUGAAGAGUUUCAGCAGAGGCUUGAGGAAAUGGCCAAUGAAGAUUGGAUUACUUUUCGGACUAAGACAUAUCUGUUUGAAGAAUUUUUGAUGAAUUGGCAUGACAGAUUAAGAAAAGUUGAAGAACAUUCGGUUAUGACGGUGAAAUUACAAUCAGAAGUUGACAAAUACAAAACCGUAAUUCCUAUCUUGAAAUACGUGAGAGGGGAGUGUCUUUCUCCAGAUCACUGGCUUGACCUUUUUCGUCUGCUUGGCCUUCCUCGGGGGACUAGCCUGGAGAAAUUAAUGUUUGGUGACCUGCUCAGAGUAGCUGAUACGAUUGUUGCCAAAGCUUCAGACCUUAAAGAUUUAAACAGUCGGGCACAAGGUGAAGUUACGAUCAGAGAAGCUUUACGUGAACUUGAUCUUUGGGGAGUUGGAGCGGUAUUUACAUUGAUUGAUUAUGAAGACAGCCAGAGUCGAACUAUCAAGCUGAUUAAAGACUGGAAAGACAUCGUAAAUCAAGUUGGAGAUAAUAGAUGUCUUCUUCAGUCCUUAAAGGAUUCUCCUUAUUAUAAGGGAUUUGAAGAUAAGGUGUCCAUUUGGGAAAGAAAACUUGCAGAAUUAGAUGAAUACCUGCAGAAUUUAAACCAUAUUCAGAGGAAGUGGGUGUAUUUGGAGCCCAUAUUUGGCCGUGGAGCAUUGCCGAAAGAGCAGACACGCUUCAGCAGGGUUGAUGAAGAUUUUAGAUCGAUAAUGAGUGACAUCAAGAAAGACAAUAGAGUCACAACAUUAACGACUCACGCAGGAAUCAGAAAUUCGCUGCUAACCAUACUCGAUCAACUUCAAAGAUGUCAGAAAUCAUUGAAUGAAUUUUUAGAGGAAAAACGCUCAACGUUUCCAAGGUUUUAUUUCAUCGGUGACGAUGACCUGUUGGAGAUCCUGGGCCAGUCUACUAGCCCGUCAGUGAUUCAGUCUCACCUCAGAAAGCUGUUCGCCGGUAUUAACAGCGUGUGCUUUGAUGAAGAAUCAAAACAUAUAACUGCAAUGAAAUCUUUAGAGGGAGAAGUUGUACCUUUUAAAAAUAAAGUUUUAAUUUCAAAUAAUGUAGAGACCUGGUUAAAUGGUUUAGCCUUGGAAAUGAAGCAGACCUUGAAACAGUUGUUGGUGGAAUGUGUCACUGCUGCACGCAGUCCUCCAGGUGCCGUGGACCCGUCCUUGUUCCCCUCACAGAUACUGUGUUUGGCAGAGCAGAUUAAGUUCACUGAAGAUGUGGAAAAUGCUAUCCAAGACCAUAGUCUUCAUCAGAUCGAAACCCAGCUGGUGACUAAGUUAGAGCACUAUACUAGCAUCGAUACGAGUUCGGAGGAUCCAGGGGGCACUGAGUCUGGCAUUCUGGAGCUUAAACUUAAAGCACUGAUUCUUGAUAUCAUUCAUAACAUUGAUGUGGUAAAGCAUUUAAACCAAGUUCAGGUUCAUACAACUGAAGACUGGGCCUGGAAAAAACAAGUCAGAUUUUAUAUGAAAAGUGAUCAUACUUGUUAUAUUCAAAUGGUGGAUUGUGAACUUCAGUACACUUAUGAGUACCAGGGCAAUGCUCCCAAGCUGGUCUACACGCCGCUGACGGACAAGUGCUACCUGACGCUGACGCAGGCCAUGAAGAUGGGCCUGGGCGGGAACCCGUAUGGGCCGGCGGGCACGGGGAAGACCGAGUCGGUGAAGGCCCUGGGCGGACUUCUCGGGAGACAAGUCUUAGUUUUUAAUUGUGAUGAGGGCAUCGAUGUGAAGUCAAUGGGACGGAUUUUUGUUGGUUUGGUGAAGUGUGGGGCCUGGGGUUGUUUUGAUGAGUUCAAUAGACUGGAGGAGUCUGUGCUGUCGGCAGUGUCCAUGCAAAUCCAGACCAUCCAGGAUGCCCUGAAGAACCACAGAACCGUGUGCGAGCUGCUUGGCAAGGAGGUGGAAAUCAAUUCAAAUUCUGGGAUUUUUAUCACCAUGAAUCCUGCUGGAAAAGGUUACGGAGGAAGACAGAAGCUGCCUGAUAAUCUUAAACAGCUUUUCAGGCCGGUUGCCAUGUCCCGCCCAGACAACGAGCUUAUCGCUGAGGUCAUUCUCUAUUCGGAGGGCUUCAAAGAGGCCAAAGUCCUGGGCAGAAAACUGGUAGCUAUCUUCAAUCUAUCUAGGGAACUUUUGACGCCUCAGCAGCAUUACGACUGGGGUCUGAGAGCCUUGAAGACGGUUCUUCGAGGAAGCGGGGGCCUUCUUAGACAGCUGCAGAGAGCUGGCGGGAAACACAAAGUUGAUGAAAGUCAUAUUGUGGUACAAGCAUUGAGGCUUAAUACAAUGUCAAAGUUUACAUUUGCUGAUUGCACACGGUUUGAUGCACUGAUUAAAGAUGUAUUUCCUGGGAUCGACUUUAAAGAAGUAGAAUAUGAUGAGCUCAGGUCUGCGUUACAGCAUGUCUUCGAGGAAGCCAAUUAUGAAAUCAUACCAAAUCAGAUCAAGAAGGCUUUAGAAUUGUAUGAGCAGUUACGCCAGAGGAUGGGAGUGGUCAUUGUUGGUCCAAGUGGUGCUGGAAAGUCAACCCUUUGGAGGAUGUUAAGGGCAGCACUUUGUAGAAUUGGCAGAGUGGUGAAACAGUACACCAUGAACCCCAAAGCCAUGCCUAGACAUCAGCUGUUAGGCCACAUUGACAUGGACACACGGGAAUGGUCGGACGGUGUUUUGACAAACAGCGCUCGCCAAGUCGUUCGGGAACCUCAAGAUGUCAGCUCAUGGAUAAUAUGUGAUGGCGAUAUUGACCCUGAAUGGAUAGAAUCUCUGAAUUCUGUUCUGGAUGACAAUCGACUACUCACUAUGCCCAGUGGAGAAAGGAUUCAGUUCGGCCCAAAUGUUAACUUUGUGUUUGAAACUCAUGAUUUAAGUUGUGCCUCGCCAGCCACAAUAUCUAGAAUGGGCAUGAUCUUUCUUAGCGAUGAAGAGACAGAUGUUAAUUCUCUGAUAAAAUCUUGGUUGAAGAAUCAGCCUCCUAGUUAUAGGAAUAAUCUUGAGAGCUGGAUUGGAGAUUACUUUGAAAAGGCUUUACAGUGGGUUCUGAAGCAGAAUGACUAUGUGGUUGAAACCAGUUUGGUUGGGACUGUGAUGAAUGGUUUGUCACAUCUUCGUGGAUGCAGAAAUCAUGAGCAGUUUGUUAUUAGUCUCAUACGGGGGCUAGGUGGAAACCUGAACAUGAAAUCCCGCCUGGAGUUCACCAAAGAGGUUUUUACUUGGGCACGAGAGUCUCCUCCAGACCCUCACAAACCAAUGGAUACCUACUAUGACUCAGGUCGGGGACGACUAGCAUCUUAUGUGCUGAAGAAGCCGGAAAACUUGACUGCCAAUGAUUUCAGCAACAGCCAAACUCUCCCCGUCAUUCAGAUUCCUGACAUGCAGCGAGGCCUGGAUUAUUUCAAACCCUGGUUAAGUUCUGAUACUAAACAGCCAUUUAUUCUUGUAGGACCAGAAGGAUGUGGCAAAGGGAUGCUGCUGAGACACGCCUUUUCCCAGCUCCGGUCCACUCAGAUCGCCACGGUUCACUGUAGCGCGCAGACCACGCCUCGACACCUCCUGCAGAAGCUGAGCCAGACUUGCCUGGUGAUCAGUACCAACACCGGUCGAGUGUACAGACCAAAAGACUGUGAAAGACUUGUUUUGUACUUGAAAGAUCUCAACCUGCCUAAGCUGGAUAAGUGGGGGACCAGUACUUUGGUUGCUUUCCUACAACAGGUAUUGACAUAUCAAGGAUUUUAUGAUGAAAAUUUGGAAUGGGUUGGUUUAGAAAAUAUUCACAUUGUGGCUUCCAUGUCACCUGGAGGAAGACUGGGAAGACAUAAGCUUACCACCCGAUUUACUUCUAUUGUCCGUCUCUGUGCUGUGGAUUACCCAGAAAGAGAGCAAUUACAGACAAUCUAUGGAGCAUAUUUGGAACCAGUUCUAUAUAAAAAUCUGAAGAAUCAUCCUAUUUGGGGUUCUUCAUCAAAAAUCUAUCUCUUAGCAGGGUCUAUGGUACAAGUGUAUGAACAGGUACGGGCCAGAUUUACAGUUGAUGAUUAUAGUCACUAUUUGUUUACUCCGUGCAUCCUUACCCAGUGGGUUCUUGGCUUAUUCAGAUACGAUUUAGAAGGAGGGUCCUCAAACCAUCCACUAGAUUAUGUGUUAGAAAUCAUAGCGUAUGAAGCACGGCGCUUAUUUCGUGACAAAAUUGUUGGUGCAAAGGAACUUCAUUUAUUUGACAGCAUUUUAACAUCAGUGUUUCAAGGAGAUUGGGGCUCAGAUAUAUUAGAUAAUAUGGCAGACAGUUUCUAUGUUACGUGGGGAGCCCGACACAGUUCAGGAGCAAGGCCAGCCCCUGGACAGCCCCUGCCUCCACACGGAAAACCGCUUGGGAAACUGAGCUCUGCAGAUCUCAAGGAUGUUAUUAAGAAGGGCCUUAUUCAUUAUGGACGAGAUAACCAGAUGUUAGAUAUUUUACUUUUCCAAGAAGUCCUGGAGUAUGUGUCCAGGACAGACAGAGUGCUAAGCUGCCCCGGGGGCUCCCUGCUGCUGGCUGGACGCAGCGGGGUAGGCCGCCGCACCGUCACGUCCUUAGUGAGCCACAUGCACGGGGCCAUGCUGUUUUCUCCGAAGAUCUCCAGAGGGUAUGAACUGAAGCAGUUCAAAAAUGAUAUCAAACAUGUGCUGCAUCUUGCCGGUGUGGAAGCUCAGCAGGUGGUUUUACUUCUUGAGGACUACCAGUUAGUCCAUCCCACCUUUCUGGAGAUGAUCAACAGCCUCUUGUCUUCAGGUGAAGUUCCUGGACUUUAUACCCUUGAAGAAUUAGAGCCUUUGCUGUUGCCUCUUAAAGAUCAGGCUUCACAGGAUGGUUUUUUUGGACCAGUCUUCAAUUACUUCACAUAUAGAAUUCAGCAAAACUUGCAUAUUGUCUUGAUAAUGGAUUGUACGAAUUUAAACUUCAUAAUAAACUGUGAGAGUAACCCAGCCUUGCACAAAAAAUGCCAGGUGUUGUGGAUGGAGGGCUGGUCAGACAGCAGUAUGAGGAAAAUACCUGAAAUGUUAUUCAGUGAAACAGAUGGUGAAGAAAAAUAUAGUGACAAAAAAAGGAAAGAAGAAAAGAAAAAACACUCAGUUGAUCCCGAUUUUCUAAAAUCAUUUUUAUUAAUCCAUGAAUCUUGUAAAGCAUAUGGUGCUACACCAAGCCGAUACAUGACCUUCUUACGUGUGUAUUCUGCCAUUAGUAGCAGCAAGAAAAAGGAAUUAUUAAAAAGACAAAGUCAUUUGCAGGCUGGUGUGUCUAAACUGAAUGAAGCUAAAGCUCUUGUGGAUGAGCUGAACAGAAAAGCUGGCGAGCAAAGUGUGUUAUUAAAGAUGAAGCAAGACGAAGCAGACGCCGCCCUUCAGGAGAUCACGGUGUCGAUGCAGGAUGCUAGUGAGCAAAAGACAGAACUUGAAAGACUGAAGCACAAGAUAGCAGAAGAAGUUGUUAAAAUUGAAGAAAGAAAAAACAAAAUUGAUGAUGAGUUAAAAGAAGUACAGCCUCUAGUCAAUGAAGCUAAACUAGCAGUUGGAAACAUCAAGCCAGAAUCUCUUUCAGAAAUUCGCUCACUGCGCAUGCCACCUGACAUCAUCAGAGACAUUCUUGAGGGUGUUUUAAGGCUGAUGGGGAUCUUUGAUACAUCUUGGGUGAGCAUGAAAAGUUUCCUUGCGAAAAGAGGUGUGAGAGACGACAUAGCAACCUUUGAUGCACGAAAUAUUCCAAAGGAGAUAAGACACAGUGUUGAAGAACUUCUUUAUAAAAAUAAAGGAUCUUUUGAUUCAAAGAACGCGAAGCGAGCCAGUACUGCGGCGGCUCCUUUGGCCGCAUGGGUUAAAGCAAACAUCCAGUAUUCCCACGUCUUGGAACGGAUCCAGCCUUUGGAAACUGAACAGGCAGCAUUAGAAUCAAAUUUGAAGAAAACUGAAGACCGAAAAAGGAAGCUAGAGGAACUUCUAAAUUCUGUCGGCCAGAAAGUAUCAGAACUCAAAGAGAAAUUUCAGAGCAGGACUUCAGAAGCCGCCAAGCUGGAAGCUGAAGUGAGCAGAGCGCAGGAAACAAUUAAAGCUGCAGAAGUGCUAAUUAAUCAGCUUGACCGAGAGCACAAAAGAUGGAACGCACAGGUUGCAGAGAUAACAGAGGAAUUAGCUACUCUUCCUAAGAGGGCUCAGCUGGCCGCCGCCUUCAUUACCUAUCUUUCUGCUGCUCCUGAGGGUCUGAGAAAAACCUGCUUGGAAGAAUGGACCAAGUCAGCUUGUCUUGAAAAAUUUGAUCUAAGGAGAUUUCUUUGUACUGAAAGUGAGCAGUUAAUUUGGAAAAGUGAAGGCCUACCAUCAGAUGACCUUUCCAUAGAAAAUGCUCUUGUUAUCUUACAGAUCAUUGGUUUGAAAUCAUGGAGUCGAGUAUGCCCAUUCCUUAUAGACCCUUCUUCUCGAGCUACAGAGUGGUUGAAGACACAUUUGAAAGACUCAAGAUUGGAAGUUAUUAACCAGCAGGAUAGUAACUUUAUCACAGCUCUCGAGCUGGCAGUGCGGUUUGGGAAAACCCUUAUUAUACAGGAGAUGGACGGUGUAGAAGCUGUUCUCUAUCCAUUAUUGAGACGAGAUCUGGUCGCUCAAGGGCCACGUUACGUGGUACAAAUAGGUGACAAAAUUAUCGACUACAACGAAGAAUUCCGCCUUUUCUUGUCAACAAGAAACCCCAACCCGUUCAUCCCGCCGGACGCAGCUGCCAUAGUUACGGAGGUUAACUUCACCACCACGAGAAGUGGAUUGCAAGGCCAGCUUUUGGCUUUAACUAUUCAGCAUGAGAAACCUGACCUAGAGGAACAGAAAACGAAACUGUUACAACAGGAAGAAGAUAAGAAAAUACAGUUAGCCAAGCUUGAGGAAUCUCUUUUAGAGACACUUGCCACAUCUCAAGGGAAUAUUUUGGAAAAUAAAGAUUUGAUUGAAUCUCUGAAUCAGACGAAAGCAAGCAGUGCACUUACUCAAGAGUCACUUAAAGAAUCUUACAGACUCCAGAUUUCUCUUGACCAAGAGCGGGAUGCGUACCUUCCCCUGGCUGAGAGUGCCAGCAAGAUGUUCUUCAUCAUCUCCGACUUGGCCAAAAUUAACAACAUGUACCGUUUCAGUUUGGCUGCAUUUCUCCGACUAUUCCAGCGGGCUCUGCACAACAAACAGUUUUCAAAUUGUAAUCUACAGGAUUCCGAAAGUACAGAACGGAGAAUCCAGUCUCUUAUCAGCUCAUUAAAACAUAUGGUCUAUGAAUAUAUAUGCCGUUGUCUGUUUAAGGCUGACCAGUUGAUGUUCGCGCUGCACUUCGUUCGGGGCAUGCAUCCGGAACUUUUUCAAGAAAAUGAAUGGGAUACGUUUACAGGUGUGGUUGUUGGAGACAUGUUGCGGAAAGCUGACUCUCAGCAGCGAAUCCGCGAGCAGCUCCCGUCGUGGAUAGACCAGGAGAGGAGCUGGGCCGUAGCAACACUAAAGAUUGCUCUCCCCAGUCUUUAUCAGACCCUCUGCUUUGAAGAUGAAGCGCUGUGGCGUACUUACUAUCACACUUCAAUGUGUGAGCAAGAGUUUCCGUCUAUUCUUGCAAAGAAAGUUUCCUUAUUUCAGCAGGUUCUCGUGGUGCAGGCGCUCAGACCAGACAGACUGCAAAGUGCCAUGGGCAUGUUUGCCUGCAAAGCUCUGGGACUGAAAGAGCUGUCCCCGCUCCCUCUAAAUCUCAAACGCCUCUACAAAGAGACACUGGAGAUUGAGCCCGUCUUGAUAAUCAUCUCCCCGGGUGCAGAUCCUUCCCAGGAGCUGCAGGAGCUGGCUAAUGCUGAGCGCGGAGGAGAGUGCUACCACCAGGUUGCUAUGGGUCAGGGUCAAGCCGAUUUAGCGAUUCAGAUGCUGAAGGAAUGUGCCCGCAGUGGGGACUGGCUGUGUUUGAAGAACUUACAUCUUGUGGUGUCUUGGCUGCCAGUUCUGGAAAAGGAAUUAAAUACUCUUCAACCUAAAGAUACCUUUCGUCUGUGGCUGACUGCAGAAGUUCAUCCCCAUUUUACUCCUAUUUUAUUACAGUCAAGUUUAAAGAUCACAUACGAGUCACCUCCAGGUUUGAAGAAGAAUUUAAUGCGCACUUACGAAUCUUGGACUGCUGAGCAAAUCAGCAAAAAAGACAGCAUCCAUCGAGCUCACGCUCUCUUUAGUUUUGCGUGGUUUCAUGCUGCAUGUCAGGAAAGACGAAAUUACAUUCCACAGGGUUGGACCAAGUUUUAUGAGUUUUCUUUAUCAGAUCUUCGGGCUGGAUACAGCAUUAUUGACAGGCUCUUUGAUGGUACCAAAGAUGUUCAGUGGGAAUUUUUACACGGUUUACUUGAAAAUGCUAUUUAUGGCGGACGCAUCGAUAACUAUUUUGACCUUAGAGUUCUUCAGUCAUACCUGAAACAGUUUUUUAAUUCUUCAGUAAUUGAUGUUUCAAACCAAAGGAACAAGAAAAGUGUUUUUCCAUAUUCCAUAUCUCUCCCCAAAUCCUGCAGCAUUCUGGACUACCGUGCUCUCAUCGAAAAGCUUCCGGAGGACGACAAGCCUAGUUUCUUCGGUCUUCCUGCCAACAUUGCUCGCUCGGCUCAGCGCAUGAUCAGUUCUCAGGUUAUUUCACAGUUGAGGAUCUUGGGCAGAUCAGUAACAGCUGGUUGCAAAUUUGAUAGAGAAAUCUGGUCUAACGAACUGUGCCCUGUCCUCAAUCUCUGGAAGAAACUAAACCAGAACUCCAACCUGAUCCAUCAGAAGGUGUGUCCUCCUAAUGAUCGACAAGGGUCUCCAGUACUGUCCUUCAUCGUCCUGGAACAGUUCAAUGCCAUUCGCUUAGUGCAGACCGUCCACCAGUCUCUUGCCGCUCUCAGCAAAGUCAUCAGAGGGACCACCUUACUGAGUUCAGAAGUACAGAAACUGGCCAGCGCUUUACUAAACCAAAAGUGUCCUGUGGCAUGGCAGAGCAGGUGGGAAGGCCCAGAAGACCCCUUACAGUACCUGAGAGGCCUCGUGGCUCGUGCCCUUGCGAUACAGAGCUGGGUAGAGAGAGCCGAGAAACAGGCUCUUCUCUCUGAUACACUUGACCUGUCAGAACUGUUCCACCCAGACACGUUUCUCAACGCUCUUCGCCAGGAAACUGCACGGGCAAUGGGCUGUCCUGUAGAUAGCCUGAAAUUUGUAGCUUCGUGGAAAGGCCGACUGCAAGAAGCAAAGCUGCAGAUUAAGAUGGGCGGCUUGCUGCUGGAAGGCUGCAGCUUUGACGGGAGCCGGCUUGCUGAGAACCAGCACGACUCUCCCAGCGUGUCUCCCGUCCUCCCUUGCUGUGUGGGCUGGAUCCCCCAGGGUGCAUACGGUCCCUAUUCCCCUGAUGAGUGCAUAUCUUUGCCUGUUUACACGAGUGCUGAGAGGGAUCGUGUGGUGACCAACAUUGACGUUCCGUGUGGGGGCAGCCCGGACCGGUGGAUUCAGUGUGGAGCUGCUUUGUUUCUAAAAAAUCAGUAGAAUCUAACGACAGUAAAAGCUGUAUUAGCAAAAAAAGAAACAUUUGCUACUUUAAACUUUGAAUAAGUAUGUGGCCAGUCUGCAUUUAAAAUGUUCAAAAAAUUAUCAUAUAGCUAAGUACCUUUUGUUACUGAUCUCCUUGGGUUGUGUAGUGGGUCAUGACAGACCACGCAACUUUUAAGCAAUAGUUUAAUGGAGUUAAUGUUAAAUGGAGUAUUCCCUUCAUAACAUUAAAUAUUUUUGUGAAGCAGUUGAGGUUUCCAGGUGCUCAAAAAUUUAUGUAUGUAAGAGGUUGAAAAUGGUGUACUUAAGGAAUCGGUAAUUAAUUCUUUGGCUGUUUUUUGUAUCCUAAUUUGUGUUAAUAAAAUAGAAGACCAGUUUUUCAUUUAAACACUUAAAAAUAUAUUCUAUUUUAGUUAAAAUACACAGCAUCUCAGAGUAAUCCAGAAGAAAUGGGGCACGACGGCGGAGAGGGCAGGAGGAAAAUUUUAUAAAUGGACUAAGUAAACAAUGAGAAGUUACAAUUUCUCACGUAUGUGGCCGUUUACCAGCUGCUUCUAUGAAACAGGAAAAUUCUACAAUGUCUGGAAGCUUAAAUAAAUAUAUUUUAUGGUGUAA